GCCACCUCUUUAUUACUAGUGGUCCCUAUCCAUCAUUAGGCCUGCUAUACCCCUAAAACGAAGGAGCAGUGUUGGGCGUCUGCAGUUGUGCAAGUAGUAAAGAUGGCGACUCUGUACACUCCCCGUGAUUUCUGGAGGUCUUACCCAAUCCUCAUCUCGGCUCAGUAUAGCGGGGCCCGGAUAACGGUGGACCCUUCCUUCCCUGGCUUUAAAGGGGAGGACAGCAGGGAGACGGACUGCUUCCUGUCUGACUUCCCUCUAAGAAAGGUACCUGCUUUUGUGGAAAAUGGCUUCUGGAUCCAGGAGGCCAGUGCCAUUGCUAAUUAUGUGGCCAGUGAUGUGCUUCGCGGAAGUGGCCCUCAGGACCAGGCCUUGGUGCAGCAGUGGGUGAAUCUUGCCGAGGGGGAGAUUGUUCCCUCCAUGGCCUCCUGGGUCUACCCUGCAAUGGGCAGGGCCGCCUACAGCGAGAAGGCCAGCGAGAAGGCGAAGGAGGUGCUCCUGGGACUCCUUUCUGUGCUCAACCAGCACCUCCUCCCGCGGACCUACCUGGUUGGAGAUGCGGUAACGCUGGCGGACAUCUCUGUGGCCUGCGCCCUCCUCCUGCUCUUCACACAGGCGAUGGAACCCUCGAUGCGGCAGGUGUACCUGAACGUGACGCGCUGGUUCUGCACCUGUGUCCACCAGCCCCAGUUCCGCACUGUGCUUGGGGACGUGGUGCUGUGUGAGACUGCAGCAGUCCCAGGGAAGCUCAACGUUACCCCAGCAAGCUCUGAGGAGAUCCUGAAGGCCCCCCAGCAGGAGGAAGUGAGUGUGAAGCAGCACCAGCACCAGCAGCAGCAGGAGGAGGUGCCGCAGCAGGCAGAGGAGCAGAAGCAGCAACAAGUGGAGGAGCAGGAGGAGCAGAAGCAGCCGCUGGUGGAGGAGGAGCAGAAGCAGCCGCUGGUGGAGGAGGAGCAGAAGCAGCCGCCGCAGGUGGAGGAGGAGCAGAAGGAGCAGCCGCAGGUGGAGGAGGAGCAGAAGGAGCAGCCGCAGGUGGAGGAGGAGCAGAAGGAGCAGCCGCAGGUGGAGGAGCAGAAGCAGCAGCCGCCGCAGGUGGAGGAGGAGCAGAAGCAGCAGCCGCCGCAGGUGGAGGAGGACCAGAAGGAGCAGCCGCCGCAGGUGGAGGAGGAGCAGAAGCAGCAGCCGCCGCAGGUGGAGGAGGACCAGAAGGAGCAGCCGCCGCAGGUGGAGGUGGAGCAGAAUCAGGAGCAGCCGCAGGUAGAGGUGGAGCAGAAGCAGGAGCAGCCACAGCUGGAGGUGGAGCAGAAGCAGCCGCAGGUGGAGCAGAGGCAGGAGCAGCCGCAGGUGGAGGUGGAGCAGAAGCAGGAGAAGCCGCAGGUGGAGGGCCUGGAUGCUACUGAAGAAGCUCUAGCAGCUGAACCCAAAGCCAAAGACCCCUUUGCCUCUCUGCCCAAGAGCUCCUUUGUGCUGGACGAGUUCAAGCGGACGUACUCGAACGAGGACACCCUGAAGGUGGCGCUGCCGUACCUGUGGGAGAAACUGGACCCCAAUGGCUGGUCCCUCUGGUACUGCGAGUACAAGUACCCUAGUGAACUGAGUCGGGUGUUCAUGAGCUGUAACCUCAUCACAGGAAUGUUCCAGAGGCUGGACCGCCUGCGUAAGCAUGCCUUUGCCAGCGUGGCCCUGCUGGGUGCGGACGGCGAUAGCUCCAUCUCCGGCGUCUGGCUCCUCCGCGGGCAGCGGCUGCCCUUCGAGCUGUGUGAGGACUGGAAGGCGGACUACGAGUCCUACUCCUGGAGGAAGCUGGACCCUGGCAGCGAGGAGACCCGCACCUUGGUCAGGGAAUACCUGAGCUGGCAGGGAGACUUCAAGCAUGUGGGCAAGACUUUCAACCAAGCCAAGAUCUUCAAGUGAAGCUCCAACGAUAUGCAUUUCCAACCACCUGCCUCCCCCCCCCCCCAAAAAAAGCACUUUAAUAAUGAUAAUAAAAUGACUCCUCUGGCAUUCCAUUGAAGAGAAGCAGUGCCUUUGUGUGGCGUAUUGUCCGGGAUUACCCAGCCUGCCCUGCUGUAAUGCUUGCCUGAGCAGAAUAUUACACAGGUCCUUGUCAUGGUAUGCCACAGUGUGUGAUUUGUGUCAUGGAUUGUAGAUCUAGUCAGUUGAUUUUUGCUGCUGUGUUCUCUGGUCAAGGUCAGAGCAUAAACGGCAAGUGAAUUCCCCCCUGAUGGUCACAUGACCCUCAGAUUUGACACUGAUGUUUUGUAUGUAUUAAGUGCUGAAAGACCUGAAGCAACUUCUCAGCCCUGAUCGUCAUGUAACUGAAUGUCCUCUACCACUGCUGUGUUAAUAAAGUGAAACUGCAUUGGGCUGUA